UCAGAGGAAUCGCUGUAUACUGUGGCAGUGAAGAAACGCUGAGUGUGAAACCAAAAGACUCCCGGACGCUAUCACUCGAAUGGUAUUUGGUCUCCUGUCAUUGAACGAUGUCAUCGGUCACUGAGGAGCUUCCAGACAUGGAUGGAGCAGACCUGUUCGGGCUGCUGUUCCACAAUGAAGGGAAUGGAUCUACUGAGCCCCUCUUUCCUGAUGGGAAUGAGAUCAUUGAAUCCUGGCUGUCAGAGCAGAGUAUACUGACAGGAAUGGACACUGAAGACUUUCUGUCCAGCUUGUUAGAUGGAGAAGACAACAUGGGUGCUAUCGGUCCCUCUCACUCUCCCUUGGGCAGCGAUAGCGGUAUUUCCGAUGACAGCAGCACUGUGGUUGGAAACAACAACCCUCUGGGAUGCUCGAGUCCCCAGGGCAGCGACAGUGACGUGGUGCCCAGUCCCUGCUACUCCCAGGCUAGCCCCGAGCACUUUGACCCUGCCCUGGCCCCCGGAGAGCUGCAGGCAGAGAGCCCGGAGGUGCUGUCAGUCCAGGCCGAUCACAGCUACUCUCUGCUGCAGAGCGAUGGCAGGGACAUGGACGCCCUGCAGAGUGUGAGGGCAGAGCAGCCUGAUACAGAUGUCUUCAUUGAUCUGGACGACUUGGUGAGUGAGGCAAUGGAGGAAGACGACGAGGAGGAGGACAUCACAGACGACCUGCCCUGCACUUUGUCCAUAGAGGACUCCACUCAGGAUUCCACUCAAGACAAUGACAUGGACCGGUUCCAGUUUAAAGAGAUUGUGCUUACUGAGGAAGAGAAGCGGCUUCUGGGAAAAGAGGGAGCAACUAUUCCCUCGCACAUGCCUCUCACAAAGGCAGAGGAGAGGACCUUGAAGAGGGUCAGGAGGAAGAUCCGCAACAAGCAGUCUGCUCAGGAGAGCCGCAAGAAGAAGAAGGUGUAUGUGGACGGACUGGAAAACAGGGUUGCCAUGUGUACCGCACACAACUUGGAACUGCAGAAGAAAGUCCAAAUGCUUCAUAAACAGAACAUCUCCUUGAUAGAGCAACUGAGGAAGCUGCAGUCGAUGGUGAAGAUGUCCACAAUGAAAGCCAGCACAACCAGCACCUGUGUUAUGGUUUUCCUGCUUUCUUUCUGUCUCAUCAUCUUCCCGUCAGUCAAUCCAUUUGGAGGAAAAUCAGAACAGAAGGAACUCUACACACCCUCCCUCAUCAUGUCCCGGACCCUGCGCUCCCUGCCAGCAGAGAGCACAGACGCCAUGUCCUUCCUCGAGCCUGAAGACGAGGAGCUCCUCUUAGUGCCCCAAGCAGAGGUGGACAACGUUAAAGCCAUCUUUGCUGGAGGUCAAAAGAAUCACACCCCCGACUACCAAAGGGUGGAGCAGCCUGACUCGGAAACAGGAUUUAACAGCAACUCCUCGGCAGACUUCCCCGGCCCGGCUCAGGCUGCAGAGAUGAAGCAGGGGCCCGCUGGAGGGGUGGGGGCCUUACAGGAAGGGUCUAUCGAUGCCAAUGUUGCGUAUGAAGUCACAGGUUCCAAGGAUAACUGGAUAGAGCGGAACCCCCCGUCUGUCAUACUACAGCAGCACCGCUCAGAUGAGAUGUAGACACACAACCAGCAGAGGGAGCCAUAUUCCUAAUGUACCAGAGGGAAGCUUACUAAAUGAAAAAGGGAACAAACUAGUAAUUAUCAAGAUAAAGGAUCAGGUUGCCUGUCCCUACUUUUCCCCUCUAACAGCCUUCUCAUGUACUACUGUACCUUUUAGCACUUUGUUGGGAUUUUCUUGUUCUAGUGGGCAAAAAGAACUGGGGAGAGAUCGCCAUAUUUCAGGAGUCUAAACUACCUAAAAAGUAGGACCUUGCAGCAGUAAACAUGCUUACCUCGCUGGAGGCCACAUGCAACUUUUAGAAGCACUGAGGGCUAAAAAUGUGUUGGCACCUCCGUAGAAAACGUUAUAAAGAACUUGCAGUAUAUUACUUCUAGAGAAGUAUUACUUGAAGGCAUUAUUGUUUAUCACCAACUCGAAGGGAGAGCUUGGUUUGACAACAGCAAAUCUAAAUAUUGCUGCACAUGAAGUACUCUCAUAGUAAAUUAUUGUGAAAAUAAUUAGUGUUACAGUUUAUACUGCAAACUGUCCAGAAACAUCCAUUGCCUAUUAGAAUUUAAGCUGCUUGAUUCUCAUAAAGCUUGAUCAAAGUGGUUGAUUGAACACCAUCACGCUUAAGCCAUUGCAGGACAUUUGGCCAUUUAAUAGACUUGUAAAGUGUUUUUAGUAUUUCCCUUGUAACAAGGGUAUCCAUGCUGAUUUACAUUUCGGAAUGCUUAGUUUUAUGUUGUACAGUUAAGAAAAAAUGAUGUUUGCAAAAUAUAAAACAAGACAAUAAACCCCUAGACUUUGUCAUUGUUAGCCAACCCCACUCUACCCCUUCAAACUUUUCUUGUUCAACUUGAUGGGACAGUUCUUACCUUUCUAAACAUGUCUGAAUUACCUUAGCACUGUGUACACACAGUAGGGGGUUUGAUAUAGCUCGGUAAACCGUGUUGCAGUAAAAUGUACUCAAAAAUGUAAUGACCUGUUUUGUCAGUGAGGCAUUUUUGUCAUUUCUUUGUGUAAUUAAGUUUAUGUGAGUAAUACAGGAAAUCUAAAUGGUGUUGGAACUGCUUUUUGUUAUAAUCGACAGUCAAUGAGAUUUUAAAUGUUGAUCGUGAUGAACAAAUGCACUGACAUUUGCCGUAGUCCAAGAAUGAAAUGUAAAUAUGCUUGAAUAAUUGUAGCUCUUCUGAACAUUUGAACUCUUUAUGUAUAAGACAUGUCUGGACAUCUAUAAUAUUAAUAAACCUUUUAUAUAUCAGAAUUACA